AGCUCUCCCAACCUUGCUAGUUGUAGCUAAUACGAUGGCUAAUGCAGCUACAGUACCUACAGACGACGUAAAAUCAUAUGGAAAAUGACAUUCAGCAAAACAAAGCAAAAGGAUUAACGCAUUUUUUCUACGUACUUUCACGGAACCUACUCAAGUUAUAGCGGACUGUUCUGCUCAGUAGACUUUCUUAGGUAACGUCAAUGUUAGCUGCGCAACGGCUAAGCUGAUCUUAGACAGCCAAAUUAGCUGCGUGCUAGUUUUCCAUUGCCUCAAAUGCUUCAAUGAAUGGGGGUGGAUGCACAGAGUGAAGGCACCAGUCAACAAUGUACGCUCGCUACUACUAGCCUCCUCCUUGUUGUGGUCCGGCUUGGCUGCUACUUAGCUCAGGUGCUCGAAGAAGUGAACUCAAAGAGUGGAGCUUAUUCGUGGAAACCUGACAGGCGAGCGCGAUUACGUUAGCUAACAAAAAUUGCCAGUUAGCUAAAGGACUCAGCCAACCGUGGAUAAGUUUGUUAGAAAUCCAUCAUCUCGAAGAAAUCAUGCACUACCCAGGUACAUAGACGUAGCAAUAGCAAUGUUAGCUUGCGUAACAUAAUAUCGCAGCACUCACUGUGAAGCAGGAGUGUUUUUGUUUUGUGUUUACCAACUCACUUUCAAAUACCGUGAUCGCCCCUAGCCCUAAAGUAGUUUUUUUUUUUGUGAAGCUGUCGUUUGUGAGAAGGGACGAUGGCGUCUCUGACUGACCCUGCCCUCCGUCCCAGGUAGGGGAGUGGUGGUGGAGACUACCCGGCCUGACCUGGCCUGGCCUGGCCUGGCUUGGCCCGGUCCGCUGUUUACGGGUGAUGGGAAAACACUGAUCAGUAGCUGCUCGGCUGUUGUAUUUAUGUAUUCACUUUCGGACUAGAUUAUGGUUCGCCAUCGCGACUGGGAUGCCCUGUCACUGAAGUGAUUUGCUGUUUUGUAUAUUUGCGGGAUCACGAUGGACACGGAGGAAGUUCCCCACGAAGAAAAUUAUUGGAAAUAAUCAUGGACUGCUGAGCUCAACUCGGCGCAUUUUGUCACGUAUUGUUUUUAAAGACUGUUUCUCUGGAACCACUCCAACAUGUCUUCAUUUGCUGAAUUCGUCCCACCUCCUGAAUGCCCGGUUUUUGAGCCGAGUUGGGAGGAUUUCUCAGAUCCUUUAGGAUUUAUCAACAAGAUCCGACCGAUCGCAGAGAAAACGGGCAUCUGCAAGAUCCGACCCCCCGAGGACUGGCAGCCUCCCUUUGCCUGCGAUGUACGCAACUUUCGCUUUACUCCUCGAGUACAAAGACUGAAUGAACUUGAGGCCCUCACUCGUGUUAAGCUCAACUUUCUGGAUCAAAUCGCAAAGUUCUGGGAGCUGCAGGGAUGUAAGAUUCGAUUCCCUCAUGUGGAGAGGAAGAUUCUGGACCUCUAUCAACUCAGCAAGAUUGUGUCGUCCGAGGGCGGCUUUGAAACGGUGUGUAAAGAGAAGAGGUGGUCCAAGGUGUCUAGCCGAAUGGGCUUCCCAUCUGGAAAAGGCACUGGCUCACUGCUGCGCUCCCACUACGAGAGGAUUCUUUACCCCUAUGAGCUCUUUCAGUCUGGGGCCACGCUAACUGGCAUCCAGAGGCUGUAUGAUGAUGAAGAUGAUGGGGAGGAAGUAGAUGAGGGAGUUGGCGAGGAGGCGGUAGAGGAAGAGGAGCAAGACGAGGAGGAGGAGAAAGAAAAAGAGAAAGAUGGGGAGGGUGAUGCAACGCAAACCAAAGAGCGGCUUCUGCCUGAGAGACGGUCCAGGCGCCUUAAGUCUGAGAGAGAAAACAAGGAGCCAAAAGGCCUCAAAAUCUUCAGCACAAGUCCCAAGAUGGUGGGCUUGGAGAUUGUGUCAGCUGAUGAUGGAUUCAACAAGAAGCAGCGUCACCUCAAAGCCCAGGCCUUCGCCAUCAAAAUGAGACCACGCAAGGAGACCCUGGAGGUCAACUUUAUCGACCUCUACCUCUGCCUGGUGUGUGGUCGGGGCGAUGAGGAGGACCGGCUCCUGCUGUGUGACGGCUGUGACGACAGCUACCACACCUUCUGUCUGAUCCCGCCUCUGCAGGAUGUGCCUAAGGGGGACUGGCGUUGCCCAAAGUGUGUUGCUGAGGAGUGCAGUAAGCCCAGGGAAGCUUUCGGCUUUGAGCAGGCUGUGAGAGAGUACACUCUCCAGAGCUUUGGAGAGAUGGCUGACCACUUCAAGUCCGACUAUUUCAACAUGCCUGUACAUAUGGUUCCCACUGAGUUGGUGGAGAAGGAGUUCUGGCGCCUGGUCAGCAGCAUCGAGGAGGAUGUCAUCGUAGAGUACGGAGCUGACAUCAGCUCCAAAGAGGUGGGCAGUGGAUUUCCUGUCAGGGACGGCAAGAGGAGGCUGCUGGGAGAUGAAGAGGAUUACGCCAACUCAGGCUGGAACCUGAACAACAUGCCAGUGCUGGAGCAGUCAGUGCUCACCCACAUCAAUGUGGACAUCUCGGGCAUGAAGGUACCCUGGCUUUAUGUGGGCAUGUGUUUCUCCUCUUUCUGCUGGCACAUCGAGGACCACUGGAGUUACUCCAUCAACUUCUUGCACUGGGGUGAACCGAAGACUUGGUAUGGAGUGCCGGCCUCUGCAGCAGAGCAGCUGGAGGCUGUAAUGAAGAAGUUGGCUCCAGAGCUGUUUGACUCCCAGCCUGAUCUUCUCCAUCAACUGGUCACCAUCAUGAAUCCCAAUAUCCUCAUGGAGCAUGGCGUCCCUGUGUACAGGACUAAUCAGUGUGCGGGGGAGUUUGUGGUGACCUUCCCCAGAGCCUACCACAGCGGCUUCAACCAGGGCUACAACUUUGCAGAGGCUGUUAAUUUCUGCACUGCUGACUGGUUACCUAUGGGUCGUCAGUGUGUGGCCCACUAUAGACGGCUUCACCGCUACUGCGUCUUCUCCCAUGAGGAGCUGCUGUGCAAGAUGGCCGCUGAUCCAGAGAGCCUUGACGUGGAACUGGCUGCUGCUGUAUUCAAGGAAAUGGGAGAAAUGAUGGAGGAGGAGACAAAACUCAGACAGGCUGUCCAAGAAAUGGGGGUGCUGUCCUCAGAACAGGAGGUUUUUGAGCUUGUCCCUGACGAUGAGCGCCAGUGCCACAAGUGUAAGACAACGUGUUUCCUGUCUGCACUGACCUGUUCCUGCAGCCCUGAUCGUCUGGUUUGUCUACACCAUGCAGCAGAUCUCUGUGACUGUCCACUGGGCAACAAGUGUCUCCGGUAUCGCUAUGAUCUGGAGGAGUUUCCGUCCAUGCUUUAUGGAGUCAAGACACGGGCUCAGUCCUAUGACACAUGGGCGAAGAGGGUGACCGAGGCCUUGGCUGCAGACCAGAAGAGCAAGAAAGACCUUAUUGAGCUCAAGGUUUUGCUGGAGGAUGCAGAGGACAGAAAGUAUCCUGAGAACACACUGUUCCGACGCCUUAGGGAGAUGGUCAAAGAAGCGGAGACAUGCUCCUCUGUGGCCCAGCUGCUGCUCAGCCGGAAGCAGAGGCACAGCAGCCGACUGCGUUCUGAGAGCAGUCGUAACCGCACCAAACUGACAGUGGACGAGCUCAAGGCCUUUGUGGAUCAGCUCUACAGGCUGCCCUGCAUCAUCAGCCAGGCCCGACAAGUCAAAGAGUUACUGGAGAAUGUGGAGGACUUCCACGAGCGAGCCCAGGCGGCUCUGUCAGACGAGAUGCCUGAUUCCUCCAAGCUGCAGGCGCUGCUGGAUCUGGGCAGCGGCCUGGACGUAGAGCUGCCUGAGCUACCAAGACUCAAACAAGAGCUCCAGCAGGCCCGCUGGUUGGAUGAGGUGCGUGUCACCCUGGCCGAGCCCCACCGGGUCACCCUGGAGCUGAUGAAAAGGCUGAUAGACUCUGGGGUGGGUCUGGCUCCACACCACGCGGUGGAGAAGGCCAUGGCCGAACUGCAAGAGAUCCUCACUGUCUCAGAGAGAUGGGAGGAUAAGGCUCGUGCCUGCCUGCAGGCCAGGCCUCGACACAGCAUGGUGACCUUGGAAAGCAUUGUGCUGGAAGCUAGGAACAUCCCGGCAUAUCUGCCUAAUAUUUUGGCCCUCAGAGAGGCCCUGCAGAAGGCCAAAGAGUGGACCGCCAAGGUGGAGGCAAUUCAGAGUGGCAGUAGCUAUGCUUACCUGGAGCAGCUGGAGAGUCUGCUGGCCAGGGGUCGCUCCAUCCCUGUCCGGCUAGAUCCACUCGCCCAGGUGGAGUCUCAGGUGGCAGCAGCUCGAGCCUGGAGGGAGAGGACUGCUCGCACCUUCCUCAAGAAGAACUCCACAUACACACUGCUCCAGGUUCUCAGUCCUCGUGUGGACAUCGGGGUCUAUGGUAACAGCAAAAGCAAACGGAAGCGUGUCAAAGAGCUCAUGGAGAAGGAGAGAGGAGGCUUCGACCCCGACACCCUCAGCGACCUGGAGGAGAGUCUCGAGGAGGUGCGAGACCCUUCCACUGUUGUUGCAGCCUUCAAAACCAAGGAGCAGAAAGAAGUGGAGGCCAUCCACUCACUCCGUGCUGCUAACUUAGCCAAGAUGGCCAUGGCCGACCGCAUCGAGGAGGUCAAGUUCUGCCUGUGUCGAAAGACGGCCAGCGGCUUCAUGCUGCAGUGCGAGCUUUGCAAGGACUGGUUCCACGGAGCGUGUGUCCCUCUGCCUAAGACGGGAUCGCAGAAGAAACUCGGUGUGGGUUGGCAGAGUAAUAGCAAAGACUCCAAAUUCCUGUGUCCGCUUUGUCAGCGGUCAAGGAGGCCGAGACUAGAGACCAUUCUGUCGCUGCUGGUGUCGCUGCAGAAGCUGCCGGUGCGGCUCCCAGAAGGAGAGGCUCUCCAGUGUUUGACAGAGAGGGCAAUGAGCUGGCAGGACCGAGCACGUCAGGCUCUGGCCACCGAGGAGUUGUCCUCAGCCCUGGCAAAGCUGUCUGUGCUGAGCCAGCGCAUGGUGGAGCAAGCUGCAAGGGAGAAGACCGAGAAGAUCAUCAACGCUGAGCUUCAGAAAGCUGCUGCCAACCCUGACUUGCAGGGCCACAUCCAGACUUUUCAGCAGUCAGGUUUCAGCAGAGCCACAUCACCUCGCCAAUCUGUGGACUACGAUGACGAGGAGACAGACUCGGACGAGGACAUCAGGGAGACCUACGGUUAUGAUAUGAAGGACCCAGGUGAGGUGAAGCCCUACCUGUUCUGCGAUGAGGAGAUUCCCGUCAAGUCUGAGGAGGUGGUCAGUCACAUGUGGCCGGCUGCCACACCUUCCUUCUGCGCGGAGCACGCCUACUCCUCAGCCUCCAAGUCCUGUGGACAAAACCUAGGCACACCCAGAAAGCAGCCCAGGAAGACCCCUCUCGUCCCUCGCAGCCUGGAGCCGCCAGUGCUCGAGCUGUCCCCGCAGGCUAAGGCCCAGCUGGAGGAGCUGAUGAUGCUGGGAGACCUGCUGGAGGUGUCCCUGGAUGAGACCCAGCACAUCUGGAGGAUCCUGCAGGCCACACACCCCCCCUCCGAGGAGAGAUUCCUGCAGGUCAUGGAGCCUGAUGAUUCUCUGAUGGAGAAGCCCCUGAAAAUCAAGCUUAAAGAUUCGGAGAAGAAGAGGAAACGGAAGCUGGAAAGAGCCGAGCACCACCACAUGCUGAUGGCUGCCGCCGCCGCUGGCGGAGCCUCAGCAAUGGGAGAAAUACGUCCAGCCAAGUCCAAAGAACUGAAAAGGGUGGGCCUAGAGCUCGGCCUGGGUGGGAAACCCAAGAAGAAGAAACUCAAGCUCAACCUGGACAAGAACCGGGAGAUGAAGCAGCUAGCCAAACGCUUAGCCAAGGAGGAGAAGGAGAGGAAGAGGAAGGAGAAGGCAGCCGCCAAGGCAGAGGCCAUCAGGGAGGGACUGGAGAAGAGGAAGGAGAAGAAGAUUCUCGACAUUCCCUCCAAGUACGACUGGUCCGGAGCUGAGGACUCCAAUGAUGAGAACGCUGUGUGUGCAGCCAAGAACUGCCAGAGACCCUGUAAAGACAAGGUGGACUGGGUUCAGUGCGACGGCGGCUGCGACGAGUGGUUCCACCAGGUGUGCGUGGGCGUGUCGUGCGAAAUGGCAGAGAACGAGGACUACAUCUGCAUGGACUGCUCCCGCAAGGCCGCUGGGGCGAGCGGAGGAGGCGGCGGGGUGACCGUGGAAGAGGUGGCGGAGGAGAGCGUGGUAGUGCUGACGACGUCGAUGUGCAGCGGCGGUGUGCAGAGCCUGCCCUCGUCUGUCGUGGCCUCGUGGUCUCACGUGUCCUCUGCCCCUCAUUUAAACCCAGCAACGUCACAUCAGCAACAACAGCAGCAGCUGCCGCAAGAGCCUCAGCAGGGCAGUUAGCGCUAAAACAAAGGCCUAGGACUGCGUUUGAAUACUGUACCUCUCACAAUGAGUAUAACACAAAACCAGUAUCCAGGCAAGCAUUUCAACCUGUCAACCUGUGAGACUGUACAGCAUCUGACAGAGAGAAUAACCCUGUAUAAAUAAGCGUGGCUGAAAAGGGUCAAGCUUGGGGCAUUUCUGUAACUUCCUGGAUUACAGAGCACAAGAACAAAAACUUGCACCUGGAAGACAGAGAAGAAUCCCACUUUGACCGUGUGGCUCCAGCAGUGACAUGUUCUCUCCCAGCACUGCAAAGUGCUGUUAAGGUUGUUUAGCGCACAGAUGAGACUUUGUCCCCCUACAGCAGUUUUAGGUCUAGAAACAUCCACCAGCUUCUUCCUGGUCUUUUUUCCUCAACAAUAACAAUGUCAUUGGUACACUUAACUUACAGUCAAAUAAACACCCACUUGCUCCAGCUGUUGUGUUCAGUGCAAACCGGCAAAUAAACAAAUAUGUUCCCAGUCGUGUUUUACUGGACAUCCUGAACCACUCGUCUCUGUCCUCAGCCUGGCCCUUCAGACAGUAACAUCUCAAUAUGUAGGACUCCAGACUAGGAAAAACAAAUGGUUGUAAUGUAGUGGAAUUAUUUAUAAUGUACAUAGCUUUUAAGCAAUUAAAACAAAUGGAUUGUGGCUUUUUUUUGUUUUGUUUUGUUUUCUCACCUUUAAUAAACUAUUCCUAGUCAAAUGA